AUGCCGUCAACAAACAACAAGGAGAAGCCGUGGGACACGGACGACAUCGACAAGUGGAAGAUUGAGGAGUUCAAGCCCCAAGACAAUGCCGGCGGCACCUUUGCCGAGGAGUCGUCCUUUGCGAUCCUGUUCCCCAAGUACCGAGAAGUCUACCUCAAGGAGGCAUGGCCGCUCAUCACAAAGUCGCUCGAGAAGACGGGCAUCGCCUGCACGCUCGAUCUCGUCGAGGGCUGCAUGACUGUCAAGACGACAAGAAAAACAUAUGAUCCAGCGGCCAUCCUCAACGCGCGCGACCUCGUCAAGUUACUAGCCCGAAGCGUGCCUGCUCCCCAGGCGAUCAAGAUUCUCGAGGACGGCGUCGCGUGCGACAUCAUCAAGAUCCGCUCCCUCGUGCGCAACAAGGAAAAGUUUGUGAAGCGGCGGCAGCGCAUCCUCGGCCCCGGCGGCCAGACACUCAAGGCCCUCGAGCUCCUCACGCAGACGUAUAUCCUGGUGCACGGCAACACCGUGUCCGUGAUGGGGCCUUACAAGGGCCUGAAGGAGGUGCGCCGGGUGAUUGAGGACUGCAUGGCCAACGUGCACCCCAUCUACCAGCUCAAGGAGCUCAUGAUCAAGCGCGAGCUCGCCAAGGACCCGGAGCUCGCCAACGAGAGCUGGGACCGGUUCCUGCCCAACUACAAGAAGCGCAACCUCAGCCGCCGCCGCGUGCCCUUCAAGGUCAGCGACAAGUCCAAGAAGCCGUACACCCCGUUCCCUCCCGCGCCAGAGAAGAGCAAGGUCGACCUGCAAAUCGAGGCCGGCGAGUACCACAUCGGCCGCGAGGCCAAGAAGCGCAUCGCCCAGGAGGAGCGCAUGGAGAAGCAGAAGGUCAAGAAGGAGGAGAAGAAGCGCGAGCGCGUGCAGGAGUAUGUCGCCCCCGAGGAGCCCAGCGCCGAGCGGAAAAAGAAGAAGAGGAAGACCAAGAAGAGCGAAGAGGAGGAGGAAUAG